CUUUCUGACAGCCUCUCAUUAAAUCUCGUUAUAGUCGAGACAGCUAUUGGAAUACCUACUCGCCCUCUCUCUGGGUUACUUUUUGACCUGCCCUCAUUGCGGUCUUCGCGUUCAUUCAUUUACACCGCCAUUAUCGGCCUCUAUAGUUGCUCCUGCUUUAUAUUGGCUUUCUCUUACUGCUCUUCUUCAAUUCUUAUCGUGGGUAUGCUCUUACGUGGCCUAUCACACAGCAUCUUCCUGGCUCAAUUGGGUGUUGCGACCAGCGACCAAGCCAUUUCCAUCUCAGAGCUUUCUCUUAUCACCGCUGCUAGCCAGAUUCCACGAGGAGUGGGUCUAUUGGUCGGAUCCAUCAUAUCAGGUUAGUAACUUAUACAUCGAAUUAAUACCAUCAAUUUUACUUCUUAGUACAAUAAUUGCCAAAUAG